AGAGGCACCCAGCCAGAAACAUGUGGAGCUCCGCUCUUGCCUUUUGCCUGCUGCUCACUGCCUUCCCUGGGGGAGACUCUGCACCUCCUCAUCCUAAAUAUAUGCUUCUGGUGCCCACUGUCCUGCAUGGCGGGAGUGAGGAGAAGUUCUGCCUGCUGCUCUCUCAGCUUAAUGAGACCGUCACGGUGACACUGACCAUGGGGUUGCCGAGACAGAAUCACACAUUGCUGGAGAAGCAGGUCACGGAUAAAGAAGAUGAUAGCUGUGUCCCCUUCCAGACUCCCAAGUUAGACAAUGUAGAGGUGGGCUAUCUCACGCUGCUCGUCGACGGAGACACCCUGCACUUUACAUCUCGAAGAAGUGUCCUGAUUAAACCUCUGCAGAACCUGGUGUUUGUCCAAACUGAUAAACCCAUCUACAAACCUGGACAGAAAGUUCAGUUCCGCAUCGUGUCUCUGGAUGAGAAAUUUUACCCCGUUUCUGAGCAGUUUCCGGUGGUUUAUAUUACGGACCCCAAAGGCAACCGCAUAAGCCAAUGGCUGAAUGUGGAGAUCAAGAAUGGCCUUACCCAGGAGUCCUUUCAGCUCAGCUCUGAGCCAGGCCUUGGGACAUACCAUGUAAAUGUGAAGAGAGAGAAGGGUGACCUUGUUAUAUACAGCUUCAGUGUGGAGGAAUACGUGUUGCCAAAAUAUGAGGUGCAGGUGAAACUGCCAGCGGUUGUAACAAUUCUGGACAAAGAGGUGAAAGUGACUGUGUGUGGCAGAUACACAUAUGGAAAGCCAGUUUUAGGUAUGAUCAAUGUCCACGUGUGCAGAAAGUUCACUGAGCGUUACAAUCCAUGUCCUGAUGAAGAAGAUGGUGUAUGUGAAGAGAUUAACCAACACGCCGGUCCUGAUGGCUGCAUCUCAGAUGUGGUGAACACCAAAAUCUUCCAGAUGAGACGCACCGGUUAUGAGAUGAAAAUCAUAGCUUCGGCCAAAAUAACCGAGGAUGGGACAGGUGUGGAAAUGACUGGUGAAGGUUCUGCUGAGAUUAAGAGCUCCUUGGCUAAAGUAUCUUUUCGGCAAUUGGAUUCCCAGUACAAAAGAGGCAUCCCCUUGUAUGGACAGGUGUUCUUGGAGGAUGCAGGUGGAAAUCCAAUGAGUAAUGAGACAGUGGUGGUUUAUGUGGGGGAUGAUGGAACCAAUUUCACCUACAUAACGGCUCAGGAUGGAACAGCAGAGUUCUCCAUUGAUACCAGUUCUAUCCAGCUGUCAUCUCUCAGGAUCAAGGUCAGUUACAAGACUGGAGGCUACUGUCCCAGGUACAGGUGGCUGGCUGCAUCCUAUGAGGAGGAUACACGAACCAUUAAGCAUUUUUACUCCCUGAGCAAAAGCUAUCUGAAAAUCCAGCCUAUCCAUAGGACUUUGGGGUGUCAAACAGUAGAGGAAGUCCAUGUGCAUUAUAUUCUGACUCCUGAAGGUGUUGGAGAGGCAAGAAGUGCAGUGUUUCACUACUUGGUAAUGGCAAAAGGAGGUAUAGCAGAAAAUGGCAAACACACAUUGGAAGUUAUCUCAAAUCAAGAGGCACAUGGGCAGUUCUCAUUUAACCUGCCUGUUGGAAUUAACAUCUCACCUUCUGCCAAGAUCUUGGUUUAUCUUGUUCUGGACAGUGGGGAGGUCAUUGCGGACAGUAUCACGCUGACAGUGCAAGAAUGCUUUGGAAGCAAGGUGAAACUCUCGUUUUCCCCCACUGAAGCUCUUCCUGGAUCUCAGGCCCAUCUCCAGUUAAGUACAAGUCGUGCGUCUCUGUGCGCUUUAAGAGCCGUAGAUGAGAGUGUGCUGAUAUUGAAACCAGAGGCUGAACUAUCUGCACAUAUGAUAUAUGACCUGUUGCCAUUAAAAGACCUUAGUGGAUAUGAUCACGAUGGGAAAUUUCUCGAAGAGCCUCGAGAAGAUCCCUGUUUGUCAUUGGAACCAAUCUUGUUGAACGGCAUUUAUUACACUCCAUCAAAUCCGGAAGGGGACACCGAUACUUACAGAAUCUUAAAAGAUUUGGGCCUUAAGGUUUUCACAAACACCAAUAUCAGGAUCCCUGUUGUCUGUGAAGAACGAUUGGGCAGAGGAGCAGUGCAAUUUAGCUCAUUUGCAGUAUCUGCAGAUUUCGGAAUGGAAAUGGCCCCAAUGGCAUUAAUGCACUCUACGGAAGUCAUUGAGACGGUGCGCAAAUAUUUCCCCGAGACUUGGCUUUGGGACCUUGUUGAAACAGAUGCUGAUGGGAACGCUGAUGUGGCAGUGACUGUUCCAGACACCAUAACUACCUGGAAAGCCGGAAUGUUCUGCACUUCAAAAGAUGCCGGGUUUAGCCUUUCUGAAACUAUAUCUCUGGUAGCUUUCCAGCCUUUCUUCCUGGACCUCACCCUGCCGUAUUCUGCUAUCCGUGGAGAGAAAUUUACUUUAAAGGCUACAUUGUUUAAUUACCUCUCGCAGACCAUAAGGGUGGCCAUUUCAUUAGAAGAUUCAGACCAGUUCUUGGCUAAACCCACAAACCUACAGGAAGAUGGUUACUGUGUCGCAGGAAAUGGUCGAAUCACUCUCUCAUGGGAUGUGGCCCUUAAGUCUUUAGGAGAAGUGAAUUUUACCAUGACUGCUGAGACCCUGACUGGAGAAGGCCUGUGUGAGAAUGAGAUUGUUAGUCCAACACAGGGUAGAAAGGAUACAAUCACCAAACAUAUCCUGGUGGAGCCAGAAGGAGUGGAAAGAGAGGAGACACAGAAUGCCAUGAUCUGUGGAAAAGGUUCGGAAAUAAAUGAGGAUAUUCACCUGAAACUCCCAGAGAAGGUAGUAGAAGGAUCAGCACGGGCGUAUUUCUCUGUCAUCGGUGAUAUUCUAGGCACAGCCUUGCAGAAUGUGGGGAACCUAGUUCAGAUGCCAUAUGGUUGUGGAGAGCAGAAUAUGGUUCUUUUCACCCCAAUUAUCUACAUCUCGGAAUAUCUGAACAAAACUAAUCAGCUGACUCCAGAAAUAAGAUCAAAAACCCUCAGCUACAUGAGCACCGGCUACCAAAAGCAACUUUCAUACAAACACUAUGACGGCUCCUACAGUGCAUUUGGACAACAAUAUGGAGAGGGGAAUACCUGGCUGACUGCUUUCACAAUGAAAUCCUUUGCCAGAGCACGAGCUCAUAUUUAUAUUGAGGAGAAACUGAUCGCAGAUGCUCUUACUUGGCUGUCAAACCAUCAAAAAGAAAAUGGCUGCUUCCGUAGUGUCGGCAGACUCUUCAAUAACGCUAUGAAGGGUGGAGUGGAUGAUGAAGUCACGUUGGCUGCCUACAUAACGAUUGCUCUUCUGGAGUAUCCCCUUCCGGUUACACACCCUACUGUCCGAAAUUCUCUCUUCUGCCUGGAGACUGCAUUGGGAGGCCAGAACAGCAUCUACACUAAGGCCUUAAUUGCUUACGCUUUCACUCUUGCUGGAAAGAUGGACAUUCGCCAUAAGCUCCUACAGUCAUUGGAUGAACAGGCCAUCAAGAAGGAUGGUACAGUCCACUGGCAGCGCCCAGAGACUUCUGAUGAUUCCGGCCUUUACAGGGACCCUUACAGUCGGGCCCCUUCAGCAGAAGUAGAGAUGACUUCAUAUGUGCUACUAGCUCUAUUGUCCAAACCUGAUGUCUCAGAUGAAGAUUUGACCUUGGCUACUCAGGUUGUCUCCUGGAUCAUUAAGCAGCAGAAUCCUAGCGGUGGCUUCUCGUCAACUCAGGAUACGGUUGUAGCACUCCAGGCGCUUGCCUUGUAUGGCUCUCUCACUCUCAGCCAUGAUGCCACCCGAACUGUUUUACUCGCUCUGGACAAAACUCCAGUCGCUAAAUUCAACGUGGAGGAUUCAAACCGGUUGCUUCUCCAGCAAAUCGCUCUGAAUGAAGUCCCUGGGGAUUACACAGCCACAGUCAGUGGGUCAGGGUGUCUCUACCUUAAGACAACCCUGAGAUAUAACAUUCCCCACCCCAAAGAAGAUGCCGCUUUCACUAUCUUACUAACCACAGAGCCUACAACCUGCGAUCAGAAGUCCCUCAAAUCAUUUGCAAUAUUAGCCAAUGUAAGUUAUAUUGGCAAGAGGGAAAACUCCAAUAUGGUUCUAAUGGAAAUAAAGAUGCCAUCAGGGUACAUUCCUGUGAAGUCUUCUGUCAAAAAGCUGCCUCAGUCAAACAACUUAAUUGAAAGAACGGAGACUCAGAUCAAUAAAGUCAUUCUGUACUUUGAGUCGCUCUCCAAGGACAUUCAGAGUUUUAGUUUCUUGGUGGAGCAGGACAUUCCCAUCAGCAACCUCCAGCCAGCAACUGCUAUCAUCUAUGAUUACUAUGAGAAAGAUGAUUUUGCUGUGACCAAGUACAACGCCCCCUGCAGUGCAAAAGAUGGUGGGAGCAAUGAGUAACAAUGAAGUUCUGCAAAGGAAUAAAGAAGCUGCGUAAUAACAUGGACUCAAAUAUUUCUGAUUGGGAGAGAUUGUUGACUUAUAUUUUUAUAUAAACAAGAAUGGCCCCUCUUCUUCCAGACUGCCAUCAAGUUUAUUUCUCAAAUAUUUCAGAUAAAUCAAAUCUGUAUGGAGGAUAUGAAGGCAGAGAACCCAGUAGACCCGCCAUUAUUUCAGUAUGGCACAAAGCGUUUCAUAUAUGGCUCUCCAAAUGGCCACCUAAAAAUGCAUCGUGGCUAUAAAAUGAUUUUCAUGUCUUGUAAGCAAGUAAAUAGAAAACGCAACUGAACACAAAGGGGCAGACUGAUAGUUUUAAAGACCCAAUAAAAGUUUCUGCAAAGUUUACCAUGGAGUAGUUCACCAAAAAUAAUUACAAAACAUUUUCUAUUCUACCAAUGAUAAAAGCACAGCCGUCUGCUUCUCAAACUGAAUAUCGGCAAUGUAUUAAUGCAUGUAGAUAAUAAAACUCCAAUCUUAAACCCA